AUGGGUUUAUUUGAAGUCCGUACGGCGUGCACUAGUCGUAAUUUCAGUGCAACAGACGUCGGUCGUGACAACAGUUCUUCUUCAGAUACCAUGGACCUAAGAUCACACAAUCACUAUGAUAUAAGUCACGUGAAAGGUAAUUCGAUCGCUAGCACGUCCGGCCCGCAGGAAGGCGUAACGAAAGAGAAAAGCAAGAAAGCAGCGCGUAUACGCCGCGACAGGGAGAAUCAAGAGUUUUCGGAGCUCGCCAAGCUGUUGCCCGUGCCGGACGCUCUCACUCCGCAAAUGGACAAGGCCAGCGUGAUUCGGUUGACCACCAGUUACUUGAAGCUACGAGCACUGUUUCCAUACGGGCUCGGUGAAGAAUGGGGUGCUUCCCAGCCAGGCAGCAUCUCCCUGCAAAUCGCCUUCAAGGAGGUGACUAGUUAUAUUUUGCAAGCGUUGGACGGUUUCCUCUUUGUCCUGGCGCCCGACGGCAAGAUCAUGUACAUAAGCGAAACUGCCAGCGUGCAUUUGGGAAUGGCCCAGGUGGAGCUAACGGGGAAUAGUAUUUACGAUUACAUCUACGAACAGGAUCAGGCCGAGAUGAUGUCUGUGUUGAACCUGCCGCACAGUCCAGCAGAUACGGCGAACAUCAUCUUUCCACGGGCAAAUUCUCGCGGUGAAAUCGCACUGGAGCGUAUUUUCAUUCUGAGAAUGAAGUGCAACUUGGCGAAGAGAUGCGCCGGACUAGUCACAGACGGAUACAAGGUGAUACACUGCACCGGUUAUCUAAGAUGCAUCGUGGAAGGACCAGUGGAAUCUGAGAACAAGGACGGUUGCCUUGGCUUCAGGAAUGUCGGGCUAAUGGCCGUUGGCAGUUCUUUGCCGGGACGUUGCCUGACGGAGGUGAAAUUGUAUCAGAACAUGUUCAUGUUCCGCGCGUCGUUGGACUUUAAGCUGAUCUUCGUCGACGCGAACGUGUCGCAAUUGACCGGAUACGAUCCGCCGGAUCUGAUCGAGAAGACGUUGUACCAUUACGUCCACGGAUGCGACAUGAUGCGGCUGAGAUACGCUCACCGAAUGUUGCUGAUCAAGGGACAAGUGAUAACACAGUACUACAGGUUUCUAACGAAAACAGGAGGAUGGGUGUGGAUGCAGUCGCACGUCACGAUCGUGCACAACUCCCGAAGUUCCCGGCCGCAGUGCAUCGUGUCGGUGAACUACGUGUUGACGAAACCGGAGAACACGGACCUGCUGUUGAACUGCGAGCAAAAGUCCUACUGCUCGAACCCGAGCAAUCCUCCCAGCACACCUCUGUCGACGCCGACAACCAGCGGAAGCGGCAACGAGCUGGACAAUCACAGUCCGAGUUCACCGGCGUAUCGAGGCAGAUCGAAGGAAUCGCCUGAUAACGAUUACGCGAACGGAGCAGCGUAUCCCAGGCCUGAAUACGUCGAUCUGACCAAUCACAAUCAUUAUCUGUCGCCACCUUAUCAGCCGCAAAACGUCAGCAACAGCUCUCACGAGGACAAUUCGAAUUACAAUCCCGAUUGGUUCUUCCCCUACGGAGAGAUACAUCAAGAUCCCCUGGCUACGGUACCGCAGCAACAAGAAGCUCAGCAUCCACAUCCGCUGCAUUACGCUAGUUCUCCCUCGAACCUCCAGCAACACAGUCCUCAGAACGCUCAACAGAAGCACCAGCAUUCUCCUCACUUGCUCGACCAUCCAACACCGCCAGCGAGUCUACCACAACCGCAACCACAGCCACAACCACAGCCGCAACCACAGCCGCAGCCACAACCUCAGCAACAACAGCACAGCCCGCCGAGUAGCCAACAGAACAGACCUUACUCGACGUCGUCGAGCUCCUGUUGCAGCACAGACGCGAUGGAUAAUCAUCUACCGAGCCCUCUGAGUCUCUACCCUCUGUCACACGGUUAUUAUUCUUACUAUCAACACUACAUGCCCGACUCUGCGUCGUCCAACUUGAACGAAGCUGGCGGCGUGAUAAUGUAUCCUAACUGCGGUUUGAACAACGAAAAUCACAACGCUACACCGAGUACCAGCGAUUCGAGCAACGUUCAACAUUACGAGUCGCUUUAUCAACCACACUCGAAUCAUUACAACACCAACAACAAUCCAGCGAAGCAUUCUCAUCAUCAUUUGGAAUCGUCGUCGGCUGGUUACACCAGUGUGAUCGUCGAUUCGCAGCAAUACAGCCCGAGCUCGGUGCAGGAUCUGAUUCACUAUCAUCAUCAUCACGAAGCACACCAUCAAUUCGUUCACUGA